AUGAAGUGGCAAGCGGAACAGCUCUUCGACGCCCUCGGCCAGCGGUAUGAUGAACCAGUGCAGGCUUUCGUCAAACGCUAUGAUCAAGCAGCCUCUGAUCUUGAAGCCCAAAUGGGGGAACCUGUACCGGAUUCCAGGAAGCUCACAGGUCUUAUUCGAGGUUUGUCAGGAGAUGCCAAACAAAGAGCGCUGGAUCAUGUUUCCACUGCGAGGUCAUCGGUUACAUAUCACCACCUGGUACAGCAUCUGUCUCAUCGAGCGCGCCUAGAAAGUGCCAUGUCCUCCGCUAAGCCUAAGACCACACCUGCUACGAAGCAACCCAGCCUAGGGGCUCGGGCAGACCAAGGCUCACCUGUGAUAAAAGCUACUGGUGAUCUUAGUACAGCGAAGAAUCCAAAAGAGCUCUGCAAAUUCUACUACAAGAACGGCAAGUGCAAGUUUGGUAAGGCCUGUCGGUUCCGUCAUGAACGGCCCAAACAGGCUGUGGCCUCUAUGGUUCUCCCGGCGAAGGAACAAAGACCAGAGACCGAAGAAUCAUUAGGCACCGAGGAUGACGAGGGCGAUAUAUACGAGCAACAGUUGUACCUAGUUCAGGAAGAUAAGAAGAGGGUCGGUCCUACCGUUUUCCUGCAACUCGGCGGUAAAUCUCCGCCUCUGGAGUGUCUCUUAGACACUGGUGCCUAUUAUAAUUAUAUUCCUAUCAGCUUGGUUCGCAAGCUGGGACUUCCAAUUCUCCCUUUGGAUGAGGAGAUGGUCUCGUAUGUGCUACUGGCGGACCAACGGCGGUCGGCUCUGGAGGGUCAGGUGAGAGUCGGCUCAAUGACAUUCAGGGUUUUGCAGUCCUCUGCUGCCCAGGCAAUAGUCGGAGUUGUAUCUAUGUGUGAUGCUGGUAUCGGACUGUCAUUCAAGGCUGACCAGCUGCGGGGCCGUCUUGUGGGCGUUACUGUAACCAAACCUCACGAGGAUUUUCCGGUGAUGCUUCCCGAAGGAAAAAGCCCGGAUCGGAUCCAGUACGAUCUCGUUGAGACCGAAGUAGGAGGUCCGGAGAGGGUGACUGAUGAUGACCAUAUACUAUAUCUUUGGUCGCCUCCUGCCGAGUACUUGAAAGCUGCUGAGUCUAAGCCCUUAGAGGAGCACCUACUUUCUGAUUGGACUCCUGUUAAAGGCGCAGCGGCCGACUUCCAAUGGAGAUGCCGGCGAAUUACUGAGGCCGACAUCCGUGACCGUCCUGAGCAAGAGUUCGUCUACGAGGUUAGAUGGAGCACACCUCCGCCCAGUAAAGAGCGUCAACAACAGGCAGAUUAUAGCCAUGCACUCUACAGCAAGCUGAGCAAUGACCAGAAGCACUGCUUCGACGAGGAG